AUGUUUUCGUCCACAAACAGCGCGGACAGCAACUUCCGUUUCGUCUCUAUGGUUACAGGCGGCUCCAGACUAGAGUCCAGAGGCCCCCCCAGUCUGGAGGGAUGUGUGCACUCUGCCCUGCUCAAAGACCCCUUUGUGGGACUCGUGUUUAUAAAGACGGCCUGCACCUCCAACACCUUCCCGAGUCCAUUCUACACCUCCAUCAUGAGAGCCGUAUGCAGCGCCGCUUUCCUUCUGGUCUGUUUCGUGUGGGCUACUAACGCUCAGGCCCAGAACAGCAGUAACCAGGGGAACGGGAUCAACCACGUCGAAAGACAGCAGCAGCCGCCGAAAAGCAGCAUCUGGGAUGAACCCAUUCGCUUCAACACCAAAGCAAAAGAUAGCUGCUCCAUGGCGAUCUUCGGCCAGACCAACUUCACCAAGCUGCGUGUCUCCUGCAAGAGCAAGGGCAAGUCGUACUGGUGUGACUUCCUAGGCAAACCUAACCUAUGCAGGCCAUAUAGCAGCAACCCUCGGCACUUCUUUACUCAGAUCAUGUGGGACAUGAGGAAGCUUCAAAACGCCUGCCAGGGACCGCGGGUCUACAAGCCGCAGAUGUGUCGCUCUGCCUCAGAUGAGGUCCAGAUGGUGUUCCACGCCUCUUGGCCCAAAAUCUCCAUCCCAAAGCCUACCCAGGUCAAGUCCAGCAUCACCCCUACCAAACCUCCGAGCUCAAAGCAGCAGCCCAAACCUCAGCAACCAGCCAAACCAGCCGCCAGACCAGUCAAGCCUGCCGUUACCAAGACUGUUACACCACGGAAAUCUGUAAAGACCAUCACAGCGAGACCCACAGCGGCAGACGAGACUCAAGCGACCAAGAUGGCGGAGGAAUACUGCUGGAAGAGUCUCCAGGGCAUCUGCGAAUACUUCAUUAGCUGGUUCCAAAACUAAUUCAUCACC